AUUUCAAGCAUUGGGUUUUCCCAGUUUCUGAACCGUCGCCAUUUUUACUUGUACACCCAGGCCAGGAUCUGAAUCAAUUCAAAGGUAGACAUCUCAUUCGGAUCGCCCUUUGCACCAGAAAGGAUCCACCCAUCCUUUUCCAGUUAUACAAGGGAAGAUCUUGUUAACCUCCAGUAGUUACACAAGAAAAGAUUCACAUAUCUUCUUCCAGGUACAUCAGGGAAGGUUUUCACAGCCUUCAAAAAUUGCACCAGAAAAGAUCCACACGUCAUUCACAUGUUACUCAAGGGAAGAUUAUGACAGCCUCUUACAGUUACAUAUCCACACACCAUCUGCCGGAUAAGGUAUUGACAACCUCCGACGAUUAAAAAAGAUAAGAUCCACAAAUCCCCUACCAGGGAAGAUCUGGACAACCUCCAUCAGUUACACUUCAAAUUCACACAUAUCUACCAUGUAUUUACUUCAGAGAAGAUAUUGACAGCCUUCACAAGUUAAAAAUAUAAAAUCUUCACAUCCUCUACCAGGGAGGAUCUGAACAACCUCCAUCAGUUACACUUCAAAUUCACACAUAUCUACCAUGAUUUUACACAAGAGAAGAUAUUGACAACCUUCACAAGUUAGAGAUAUAAAUCUUCACAUCCUCUUCCAGGGAAGAUCUGAACAACCUCCAUCAGUUUCACUUCAAAUUCACACAUCUUUACCAUGUAUUUACUUCAGAGAAGGUAUUGACAACCUUCACAAGUUAGGAAUAUAAAUCUUCACAUCCUCUUCUAAGCAAGAUCUUGACAACCUCCACCAGUUAAAUAAUACGAGAUCUGCACAUUUUUCACCUGUUACUCAAAAGACCUACUUAUCCUCUGCCACCAGUUAACCAGCAGAAACAUCAACAUUAUCCACUCACCACCAUGGCAGCAAAAUACAAGUCAUUUUUCUGUGCACAAUAUCCCAUCAGAAUUAAGGGUACUUCCACAUGCCCCACCCAUAAAGAUAACGACGUAGUUUUUCUAUGCCAGGAUUGCAAAAUGCUGAUUUGCACAACAUGUUCAAUAACCUCGCACAAAUCACAUAUUGACAGUUUUCUGGAGUUAUCCCGAAUUAAGACACAACAUCAAAACAUCCUGCAGGACUUUGUUAAUGAUACGGACAACGUAAAAAUUCCAAAACUCAAUCAAGAAAUUUCAUCAACACGAACUGAACUUUCACAAUGUAAACCGAAAUAUGGAAAACUCCGGGAAAAAAUUAAAGAAGAAAACGAAAAGUGUAAGUUACAACUUGACAAAAUCACAGAAGAAUACACAGCAAUAUGUGAAAAGAUGGAGCUGGCUUCCGCUGACCUCUUUCAGACGCGCAUCACAAACCUUGAGGAGAGGCUGGAUACUUUGAGAAAACUCUCUUCAGAGUGUAAACAGACUCUCCAGAUAGGAACAGCUGUGCUGAUGUAUGACUCGGUAUCCGAAAUUCAGGAAAUGGAACUAGACAUUCCACAAGCGACUAUCAUAAAUAUGACAGAGUUUACUCCGGGCCAAGACAGACAAAAUCUUCUGAAGCAGGCAAUGGGGAACAUGGAGGUUCCAAACAACCUUUCCUUUGCAGGAUUAACAACUGGCGGUCAGUCCGACCAAAAUCAAGCAGUCCGACCCAAAAAGUCAACAGAGACUGAUCAAGCCUCCACUGCAGCAGUCCAGUCCACAUUUUUAGAAUGUCCAGAGGUCGUAUCCAAGUUUUCCUAUCCGCAGUCAAUCAAGUCAAUAUGCCCUACAUCUGAUGGGCGUGCAUGGUUCUGUAAUCGAUUCAAUAGCACGUUGACCCUCAUCAACAAUAAACGUCAGGUCAUACAGAAGAUAACCGGCACCAACAGAAUUGAUGAUAUUAGUCUACACCCAACCUCAGGUCUCUUGUGGUUCUGUGGGGUAGAGAGUGAAGCUAUUUUCGCAAUUUCUGUUUCAAAUGAACACGUUCCAAUGUUCAAUACAUCCGAAGGUCUCCCCACGAGCCUCUGUGUGACAAAGCAAGGUCAGAUAGUAGUUGGUAUAGGAUGUUCGCAGGGGUACAAGGUCGAAAUGUACACGAUAGAUGGCAGAGUGUUAUACUCAGCCAUAGAGCAAGGGCCAGUGCCGGGGAUAGUCGUGUCAAUCGCACAGUGUUCUGUCACAGGUAAUAUAGCUGUAGUGGGUAUCAAAGACGCCGCUGGAGACAGUAGUGAUUCAGAAGAUCGCAUGCCUCAUGUCAUUGUGUACGACCCAAAACUCCAGCCUUUGUUCCACUACCGGGGCGAGGGGAUCCAGUCGGCCGACGGAUCGGUGACACCAGACAAGUUUGACCCAGCCACAGUUGUAUAUGACAGCAAAGGAAAUAUCUUAGUUAAUGAGAGGACAAGGAAUACAAUCGAACUGAUAAGUGGAACAGGGAAGCACAUUAGAACACUACUCACGAACAAAGGAACUGUGGGAGCGAUCGGUAUUCAGAAAGACGAUGUGCUGUGGUCACACCUAAGGAUAGGAAAGUGGGGAGUGAAACUUUUGAAGUACUAUUGUGAUUAAAUGGAAGAAGUUUGGUUGAGUGAGGAGUGAAACUUUUGAAGUACUAUGUGAUUAAAUGGAAAACAAGUUUGGUUGAGUGAGGAGUGAAACUUUUGAAGUACUAUUGUGAUUAGAUGGAAGAAAGUUUGGUUGAGUGAGGAGUGAAACUUUUGAAGUACUAUGUGAUUAAAUGGAAAACAAGUUUGGUUGAGUGAGGAGUGAAACUUUUGAAGUACUAUUGUGAUUAGAUGGAAGAAAGUUUGGUUGAGUGAGGAGUGAAACUUUUGAAGUACUAUGUGAUUAAAUGGAAAAAAGUUUGGUUGAGUGAGGAGUGGAACUUGUUAAGUACUAUUGUGAUUUAAUAAACGUAUCUUUGGCUGUCUUGGGAGUAAAACUUUUGAAGUACCUCAGUGAUUCAGUAGAAGAAACUAAUAGUAGCUUGAGUGAGUAGUGAAACUUCUGAAGUACUGUGAUUUAAGGAGAUAACUUUGGUUGAGUUCGGAAUGAAGUGCCUCAGUGAUUUAAUGCAAGUGACUGGUUGAGCGAGGAGUGAAACUUCUGAAAAUAUAUACGCCUGUGAUUUAAUAUAGAUAAGUUUGGCUGAGUUCAUAAGGAGUGAAAUUCCUGAAAUACGUCUGUGAUUUAAUGUCAAUAGCUGUGGCUGAGUUCAUGAGGAGUGAAACUUCUGAAAUACGUCUGUGAUUUGAUGGAAGGAACUUUGGUUGAAUAAGAACUGAACUUAAUUAAUGAAGUACUUCUGUAGUUAAAUGGAAAUAAUUUGGCUGUCUGGAGAGAGAAACCCCUUAAGUGCGUAUAUGAUUUAAUUAAACUAACUUUGGCUGAGAGAGAGUUAAAUAGAAGAUUCGUAGAUAUUUUCCCGGCAAAUCAAGACAAGGUCAACUGAUACUUGCCCUUUUUACAAGUUUGUUCGGAUUAAUUUCUUUAAUCUUCAUCAGAAGGAUAUUUGCAGAUAUAAAUAUAUUUGUUUUUUAAAUGCUAUUUGUACAAAGUUAAACAGAAGUACCCAUUCCGCUUUGUUCACACGACUGUCGUAUAUUUUCUUCAGGAGAGGAUUUCAAAACUGUAUUUGCACAAUUUUACUAUGUCGCUGAUCGUUUGGUUUUUAAUUAAAAUACGUGUCUUGCUAGAAA